AUGGCUGGAAGAAACGCUGGGAGGAAUAAUGAGGCUCUUGCUGCAGCUAUGCAGGCAAUGGCUCAGGCGUUCCAGAACCCACCCAAUGCUGACGAGAACGUGGGGUCUCGUAGUCUGGCGACGUUUCAGAGGGAGAACCCGCCUACUUUUCUGGGUAGGUAUGAUCCUGAAGGAGCCUUGGCUUGGUUGAAGGAGAUUGAAAGAAUCUUCAGAGUGAUGGAUUGCACUCUUGUGCAAAAGAUCCGUUAUGGAACUCAUAAGCUGUCAGGUGAAGCCGUGAUUGAAGAUGUGCGAGGAAAGAAAGAUAUUGAAUUCCUCGAGUUGAAGCAAGGGAACUUGUCAGUCACGGAGUAUGCUGCUAAGUUCACUGAAUUGGCUAAGUUCUAUCCUCACUAUGAUGGAGCAAAUGCCGAAUUCUCUAAGUGCAUCAAGUUUGAAAAUGGAUUGCAUCCGGAAAUUAAGAAAGUUGUGGGAUAUCAAAAGAUUCGCGUCUUUGCAGAUCUGAUUGAUAGUUGUAGAAUCUUUGAAGAGGACAACAAUGCACACUAUAAGAUCUUGUUUGAGAAGAGAGGAAGAGGCCAACACAGUCGUGGUAAGCCAUAUGAAACUCCGGUUGGAAAACGGAAACAAAAAGUGGUUCCGGGUCGAAGAACAAGUGGGGGAGAUGCUUCUGCUAAUGUUAUCUGUUUCAAGUGUGGAAAGUUGGGUCACAAGAGUAAUGUGUGUAGGCUUGGUGAAACGAGAUGUUUCCGUUGUGGUAUGCCGGGACAUGCGGCUCGUGAUUGUAAGCAGAAGGAUGUUGUUUGCUUUAACUGUGGGGAAGGAGGACAUAUCAGUGCUAAAUGUCAGAAGCCAAAGAGGGGACAAGAGAGUGGUAAAGUGUUUGCUUUGUCGGGAACUCAGACUACAAAUGAAGAUGGACUUGUUCUAGGUACUUGUUUCAUUAAUAGCAUUCCUUUAAUUACUAUUAUUGAUACCGGUGCCACACACUGUUUUGUUGCUGCGGAUUGUGUUGAAAGAUUGGGUCUUUCUUUGUCUUCCUUGGGUAGAGAUAUGAUUGUUGAGGUUCCCGCUAAGGGAACGGUAUCUACGUCUCUUGUGUGUAAGAGUUGCCCCUUGUCAAUAUUUGGUAAAGAUUUUGUAGUUGAUCUUGUUUGUUUGCCGCUUGUAGGGUUGGUUGUAGUAUUGGGUAUGGACUGGUUGAAAUCCAACUAUGUUCAUAUUAAUUGCUACAACAACACUGUGAGGUUUUCUUCUGCCGAAGAAGAGGGAAGAACAGAAUUGUUAUCCAAGAAACAAUUGGAGGAGUUCAUAGAAGAAGACGCGUUGGUGUUCUUGUUGAUGGCAAGCUUGUCUGUGGAGAGUCAGGCUGUAAUUGCAGACUUGUCGGUGGUGUGUAAUUUCCAUGAAGUUUUUCCCGAUGAGAUUCCUAGUGCACCGCCAGAAAGAGAAGUUGAGUUCACUAUUGACCUUGUAUCUGGUACUAGACCCAUCUCUGUGGCGCCGUAUAGGAUGUCAGCAUCAGAGUUGGCUGAACUGAAGAGUCAGCUAGAGGAUUUGCUUGAAAGGAAGUUUGUGAGACCUAGUGUAUCACCUUGGGGAGCUCCAGUUUUGCUGGUGACAAAAAAGACGGAAGCAUGCGACUUUGUAUUGAUUAUAGACAAUUGA